GUUUGUUCAAGGAAUUUCUUAUCAUUUUCAUGUCACAUUCUACUGUACCGAUUUAGACAGAAUUACAUUACAGUACUGUAGCCCAAUUGGAGUCAAUUUUCAUAUUUGAAUGUAUAGUUUUGAAGCAAUUAAACUAUCUACUAAAAAUGUAAUUAUCGUUGCACGUGGAAUAUCACAUUAACCUUACAAAGUAGACGCACAACCUAACACAACAAGAUUGUGUUGAAAUUAAAAUUUAAAAAGGAAAAAGAAUAUUUUACUACUUAAAGAUGGUGCGUAAGAAGAUAGAUAACCGCAUUCGCGUUUUAAUAGAGAAUGGUGUUAAUACAGGACACAGAACACUGUUCAUUGUUAUUGGAGAAAAAGCAAGGGAUCAGAUUGUUCUGCUACAUCAUAUGUUAUCAAAAUCUGUUGUAAAAGCCAGACCUUCUGUACUUUGGUGUUAUAAAAAAGAUCUAGGAUUUAGUAGCCACAGAAAGAAACGAAUGAAGUCUAUACAAAAGAAAGUUAAAUCAGGGAAAUUGGAUGUUAAUGAAGAUGAUCCAUUUGAAUUAUUUGUUGUCUCUACUAAUAUACGAUAUUGUUAUUAUCAUGAAACACACAAAAUAUUGGGAAAUACAUAUGGAAUGUGUGUUUUACAAGAUUUUGAAGCAAUUACACCAAAUUUAUUAGCGCGUACUAUUGAAACUAUCGAAGGAGGAGGACUUAUUGUAUUUCUUUUACAAUCUGUGAAUUCUUUAAAACAAUUAUACACAAUGAACAUGGAUGUUCAUCAGAGAUUUCGCACAGAAGCACAUCAAAAUGUUGUUGGUCGUUUUAAUGAAAGAUUUUUAUUAUCUCUUGCUUCGUGUAAAAGAUGUUUAGUUGUUGAUGAUCAGUUAAAUGUAUUACCUAUAUCAUCGCAUAAUUUAAAAAUCGAACCUGUGCAGAAAUUAACUUCUUCUGAAGAGCAAUCAGAAUUAGAUAUCCUGAAAGAAAGUUUAAAAGAUACACAACCUGUUUCUUCUCUUGUUAAUUGCUGUAAAACAAUUGAUCAGGCUAAAGCACUGUUAAAGUUUAUUGAAUGCAUAUCAGAGAAAACAUUAAGGUCUACUGUCUCUUUAACUGCAGCUAGAGGACGUGGAAAAUCUGCAGCUUUAGGUUUAGCUAUUGCUGGAGCUAUAACAUUUGGUUACUCAAACAUUUAUGUUUCAAGUCCAAGUCCUGAGAAUUUAAAUACUUUGUUUGAAUUCGUCUUUAAAGGCUUUGAUGGUUUGGGAUACCAAGAACAUCUUGAUUAUGGUCUUGUACAGUCUACAAAUCCUGAAUUUAAUAAAGCUACUGUACGUGUAAACGUCUUCCGAGAUCACAGACAGACAAUUCAGUACAUUCAUCCUACUGAUGCAUAUAAAUUAAAUCAAGCUGAAUUACUUGUAAUUGAUGAAGCUGCUGCAAUACCACUUCCUUAUGUGAAAGCCAUGCUUGGGCCUUAUUUAAUAUUUCUUUCAUCAACUAUUAAUGGAUACGAAGGAACAGGUAGAUCUUUAUCAUUAAAAUUAUUACAACAAUUGAGAAGUCAGACUGUUGGUUCAAACAGUCAUGAAAAGAGUGAAAAACAACAGAAUGAAAAGACAGUUAUUGGAAGGCAGUUGCAUGAACUCACUUUAGAAGAAUCUAUUCGUUAUAAGCCAGGAGAUUCUAUUGAACAAUGGCUGUGUGAUUUAUUAUGUUUAAAUGCUACACAUACACUUAUAUUAUCUGGAUGCCCGCCUCCUGAUAUGUGCCAGUUAUAUUAUAUAAACAGAGAUACAUUAUUUUCUUAUCAUAAAGCGUCUGAAUUAUUUUUACAAAGAUUAGUAGCUCUUUAUGUUGCUUCACAUUACAAAAAUAGUCCAAAUGAUUUACAAAUGAUGUCUGAUGCACCAGCACAUCAUCUUUUUUGCCUCUUGGGACCAAUAGAUUCAAACAAAAAAUCAUUACCUGAAAUAUUAGCUGUCAUUCAAAUUUGCUUAGAAGGUGAAAUGAGUAAAAAUGCAGUGAAUGAUGGUCUUGUCCGAGGGCGCAAAGCAGCUGGUGAUCUCAUACCAUGGGCUAUGGCACAACAAUAUCAAGAUCAAGAUUUUCCAAUGUUAGCCGGGGCACGCAUUGUUCGCAUUGCAACACAUCCCGAUUAUCACGGAAUGGGGUAUGGCAGUCGAGCAUUAGAAUUAUUGAAACAGUAUUAUGAAAUGAAAAUACUUAAUAUUAGCGAAGCACCCUUAGAAACAUGCAACACAGAAAUAUCUAAAGUUGAAGAUGAGAAAGUGAAUUUGUUAGAAGAACAAAUUGAACCUCGAGCCUCUCUUCCACCGCUUCUUUUAAAAUUAACUGAAAGACGUCCAGAAAAUUUGGAUUAUAUUGGAGUAUCUUUCGGUGUUACUGAACAAUUAAUGAAAUUUUGGAAACGGGCUAAUUUCGUACCUGUAUAUUUGAGACAAACACCAAAUGAUAUAACAGGAGAGUAUUCGUGUAUAAUGUUGUAUAAGCUAAAUUUUGAACAAGAAGAUAGUAAGUGGUUGCAAGCAUAUUGGAAUGAUUUUCGACGACGAUUUAUAAAUUUACUUUCUUUCUCAUUUAAUUCGUAUUCAUCUUCGUUGGCAUUGAGCAUAUUAAUCAAUAAAACGGUUAAGCCAGAGACUACAACACUAACAAAAGAGAUUUUAGAUGUAUAUUUUACAUCUUAUGAUUUAAAACGUUUAUCCAUGUAUAGCAAUAAUAUGGCAGAUUAUCAUUUAAUAAUGGAUUUAUUGCCAUCAUUAGCUCAUUUGUACUUUUUAAAUAUGAUGAGCGAUACUCAUCUAUCAGCUGUACAAUCGGCCAUUUUAUUAGGGUUAGGUUUACAACACAAAACUGUUGAUAAAUUAGCAGAAGAAUUAGAUUUACCAUCAUCACAAUUACUUGCAUUAUUUAAUCGCAUUAUACGGAAAUGUGUACAGUAUCUUAAUGGAAUAGCGGAGAACUUUAUUGAGAGUACUAUGAUGAAAAUCCAAACGAGCAAUGAAGAUGUCAAAUUAAAUCCUAUCAAUGGGAAAAGUUUGCAUGAUGAAUUAGAAACUGCAGCAAAGGAAUUGAAAGCAAAACAAAAGGCUGAAUUAGAAAAAUUGAAAAGAGAAAAUUUAGAACAGUAUGCCAUCAAGGGAUCAGAAACUGAAUGGAGUAAUGUACUUUCUGGAAAGAAAGCUAAGAAUCUUAUAUCUAUAAAAAGUGGUGAGAAAAGAAUAUCAGAAGAUGACAGUGCUUUGGAACGUCCAAAGAAGCAGUACAAAAAAAAGAUAAGACGUUCUUUUAAAACUUAA